AUGCCAAUACCGGAUAUUGAUAAUCUAAUAGAUUUGGCUGCAACUCUUAACAACUUACAAGUUCUACCUUUACUGUUAACAAUUAUUACACGUUAUGAGCCGUCACCUGAAGUUCAACUACUCAAUUUCGUUUCCUUCAGAGCAAUUGUUGGCUUCAAAGAAGAAUUACAUUCUCAUAAAGUAGUUAGCUCCAAUCAAGUUUCGUUUGAUGAAUCGAUCUACCCAUUUGAAAACUCACCUGAUCAUGCGCCAACUACGUCUGCUUCGACUAUUCCUAUGGGCGUGUCCGGUGUCCCUCGCAUUUCAUCAGACGUUGCCACCACUUCACGAGCUGAACACAUCUCAAGUGAUGAACAUGAAACUUCCUCGAGCGAUCACUCACGCGCACAAUCACCUGAUAUGCACAGGGAAGAUUCUCCUGCGACCCCUGUAUCUAUUUCGCACAAUUUGCAACCAUUACAUUCGUCCCCUGCUGCGUCUCUUCUGUCCUAUGAUUCCACGGACUCUGAACUUGCACGCAUGCCAUCUAAUCUCCUCGCAUCCGAUUCUACGGGGGAGGACUGGAAACAAGAGAAAGAAAGUGCCAUCAACGAAGAUGACAAAGAAAGUGAGAUAUGA